CUUUGCCAGAGUAGGCGGUCUCUCAUUCUGAUCUAUUUUUCUCACACCCAUCUUCUUCUUUGUAAUUGCCGUUGAGCUCAAGAAAUCGUCAAUAAACCCAAACUCCCCAACAGAACAGAAAAGAAGAUCAGUCGCUGAAAGAUGUCGUGGCAACAGUACGUGGACGAGCACUUGAUGUGCGAAACUGAAGGCAACUAUCUCACCGCCGCAGCGAUCAUCGGCCAAGAAGGCGGCGUUUGGGCGCAGAGCGCCAACUUUCCUCAGUUUAAGCCAGAAGAAAUAGCUGCAAUUGUGAAAGAUUUUGAAGAACCGGGAACGCUCGCUCCAACUGGCUUAUUCCUUGGUGGCACAAAGUAUAUGGUUAUCCAAGGUGAACCCGGUGCUGUUAUUCGUGGGAAGAAGGGACCUGGCGGUAUCACUGUCAAGAAGACCAACCAGGCCUUGAUUAUUGGUAUAUACGAUGAGCCUAUGACUCCUGGUCAGUGCAAUGUGAUCGUUGAAAGGCUUGGAGAUUAUCUAAUUGAUCAGGGUCUGUAAUUGCUAUGGAUGUGUAAACUGAAAAUUUUGCAGUAAUAUUUUGAUUUGAAGUUGUGAAGAACUUGGUGUGGAAACAGAGUUAUAGCCGCUUGGGAAUUUGAUGCUUGUAUGAACCAUUUGUGUCUGCAUUCUCAACCACCUUUGGAAUUGAUUGGCUUUUGUGAAUGGAACUGUUUUAAUUUUGUAAUUCUUUCUUCUUUUCUAUUUUUCUUACCUUAUUUUAAGAGCAUCUGCCACUAGAGUUGUCAUAUGUGUGGACAUAUGCUUUAAAAUGCAUGGGUAUGCAGCUUCUGCAAUAACAAUAUUAAGUGGGUGAAAGAUGAAAAAUUUUAUUUGGCUUA